AUGACUGGAUCUGCAGCAGCCAUCUGUAACAAUGAAGAAACAAGCAUGAAGAAGAUAGCCAAAGGAUCAACUGGAGUGAUUGCUAAAAUGCAGAUUUUCACAGCCCAUCCUCCAAAAUUGCUGGCUCAGAAUCGUCAGGCAUACGCAUUAUUAUGGCAUCCAGAUGCAUCUGACACAGACAGUCCACUGAACAUAGAUGAUGAAUUCUGCCAACAGAGGCACUCUGAUUUAGAAAAGCACCAGGACAGAAAGUGGGUGGAAGUCAGGACAGCUGAAGUGGACCCCUCUCUACUGCUGGCCCUCUUGCAUCUUGGUCAGGUCCUUCCCCACAGCAGGGUCCCAGCAGCUCAGGGACCCCAGGCUUCUGAGGCCCUCUGCACCAAAGCUGUGUUCCAGACAUCAGAGCUGGAGGAGAGCAAUGCCUGGAUGGCAGUGAAGGAGGCUCAGAUGGAGAACACCAUGACCAUCAGCCUCACCAACCCUCCUGAUGCUGUCAUUGGCUGCUACCAGCUGAGCACCAAGGUUUCCUCUCACCGCAAACACAGUAACCAGAAGCUGGGUGAGUUUGUUCUGCUUUUCAACCCAUGGUGCCCAGAUAGGAGCUCCUGAGAUGAUGUGUUUCUGGCCACAGAGGAAGAGAGACAGGAGUACGUAAUGCUCAACGACAGCGGGAUCAUCUUCCGAGGAGUAGAGAAGCACAUCUGAGCCCAAGGCUGGAACUUUGGGCAGUUUGAGGAGGACAUCCUGAACAUCUGCUUCUGCAUCCUGGACUGAAGCCCUAGUCACCAAGAUGACCCAGCCACCACCAAAGUGUCCCACCGCUACGAACCCAUCUACGUCACUGAAGCCAUCAGCGCCAUGAUGAACAGCAACAACGACCAGGGCAUGGUACAAGGCCAGUGGCAGGACAAGUACGGUGGCGGCACCAGCCCACGGCACUGGCGUGGCAGCGUGGCCAUUCUGCACAAGUCGUUCAAGGGCAGGUUCAAGCCAGUCAGAUAUGGCCAGUGCUGGGUCUUUGCUGGAGUCAUGUGUACAGUCUUUCAAGCAUCCUGCUCUUCACUCCUUGGGUGCUUGGGGAUAGCGACACGGGUUGUGUCCAAAUUUAACUUGGAGCAUGACAGGGGCAGGAACCUGAGUGUGGACAAAUACGUGGACCCCUUCGGGCGGACGCUGGAGGACUUGAUGGAGGACAGCAUGUGGAAUUUCCAUGUCUGGAAUGAGAGCUGGUUUGUCCGGCAGGACCUGGGCCCCUCUUACAAUGGUUGGCAGGUUCUGGAUGCCACCCCCAGGGAGGAGAGCGAAAGCGUGUUCCAGUGCGGCCUGGCCUCGGUCACUGCCAUCCGCGAGGGCGACGUGCACCUGGCCCACGACAGUCCUUCUGUGUUUGCGGAGGUCAACGUGGACUACAUCACCUGGCUCUGGAAUGAGGAUGGCCGGGAGCGUGUGUCCUCAGACACUAGUGGGGAUGAGUGGUGGUUUUACCUAGAGAAAACGGAAAAUGAGAAGAGCUGGCCCUGGGACAGGUGGCAGAGGAGAGAAUGCCUGCCUCAUGAUGUCCGAUGCCCUGCAGGAUCCCAGAAGGAGAGACAGGUGUACAGCAAGACCAUGAAGAAGCUGUUAAGAGUGGAAGCCUCUGGAAGGAGGGCCCAGGUCCACAGUGUGGGCAGCCAUGGUCUCUGGCAUGAUGACCUCUUGGAGCCUGCCACUAAGCCCAGCAUCACUGGAAAGUUCAAGGUGCUGGAGCCGCUCGUGCUGGGCCAUGACCUGAGGCUGGUCCUUUGCUUGGAUAACCUCACAUCCCAGGUCCAGUGGGUCCAAGUCAACAUGAGUGGUGCCACCAUACUUUACACCCACAAGCCAGUGGCAGAGAUCCUGCACGAAUCCCAUGCAGUGAAGCUGGGGCCAGAAGAAGAUAAGAACAUCACAGCUGGGUGA